GCAUAUAAUAUCCUGAUGCAGUGAGUGCACUGCUCAGGAAACCCUCAAGGAAGUGGGUAUGGCUAGUCAGGCCUCACCUGAGAAGUUUAGAAAAUGCCAGUGUGAGACAAGUCAUCCCCAGAGCAUCCUUUACCAGAUUCUUAACAAAGAGCAGGAUGAGACCACAUGGCAUCCCCAGGACUACCAUCCUUGCUACUCGAUAUCAAGUGCUGGCUGUCCCUGUGAGGGCAACAGGAAAGUUGUCCUCAGAACUCCAGAAGUCACCUGCAUGAGAGCUUCUGAAGUACUCUUAAAGACGAUAACUUUUAUAAGAAACUUGCCUUCUUUUUAUCAUUUGCCCCAGGAGGAUCAGGCACUUCUAGUUCAACAGUGCUGGGCCCCUCUCUUUGUCUUGGGCCUGGCACAGGAGUGGGUGGAUUUUGAACUGGAAGAGCUUUCAGUCCCUAGUUUGUUGAAAAAAAUCCUUCUCAAUCAGUCUCUGACAGAUACUGACAACGUGGAGAACUCCUCCCUGGGAGCAUCAUUAGCAGACGUUCAGAAGAUGAGGAAUUUCCUGGAGAACUUCUGGAAUUCAGACAUAUGUGCAAAAGAAUAUGCCUAUCUGAAAGGAAUUAUUCUCUUUAACCCUGAACUGCCUGGCCUAAGAUUUCGUCACUACGUGCAAACCCUGCAGCAGGAAGCCCAGCGCACUCUGUUGGAAUUUAGCUCAAUGAUGUACAACAGAAACCGAGGCAGAUUUGCUUGGAUUCUUGGGCUGCUCACGAGCCUCAAAGCCAUUAAUGCAGAGACUAUUGCAGAACUCUUCUUCAGACCUAUUUUAGGAGAGGUUAACCUAAAUGAUUUACUUCUAGAAACCCUGUAUUUCAAGCAAGACCUACUUUAAAAACAAAACACCUUUUUCUGUUCCUAAAUAACAACCACAACAAAGAUUUAAGAGGGGAAAAAGUUUUAUGGUCAAUAUAUUAAAGGUAAACAUAGAUUAA